AUGCAGCAGACGAGGGUUCAUCAAGAGGAAGGAAGAAGAAGUUUAUCUAUGGAAAUUAUGAUUCCUACUAUUCUUAUCGAAACCCUGGUGCCUCAGAAGACCCUCGGAAAUCGCUGCAACAUUUUCUCCUCGGCACAUCAUGGGGGUCGACAUAGAUCCUUCGUUGGUUCAAAAGGCAAGGGUGAACUUGAAGUGGUCUGCGGUCAAAAGAUCGGUGAUGACCAGCAUCCAGGAUCCGAUGUGCGUGCGAAUCGUGGGCCAGUCACGAACAACCUCCCGGAUUCAGACACUCAUCCGUUUGAGUUUCCGUACAAUUGUAGCUUUCGAAAGGAAGACUACACCGAAGAUGAUGAUUAUGACUGCAUCUAUGAUACAAUAAUCUGUCUGAGUGUGACAAAGUGGAUACAUUUUAAUCAUGGGGAUGGAGGCAUUAAGCGCCUCUUUGACAAAGUCUACAAGUCUCUAGCGCCUGGAGGAUGUUUUGUCUUGGAAAUCCAGGAAUGGUCAUCGUACAAGAAGAAAAAGAGCCUUACAGAAUCAUUCAAGAAGAAUGUGGCAGCAAUCACACUCCGUCCUGAACACUUUCAGGAGUAUCUUGUCAAGAACGUCGGAUUUGCGAGUGUAAAGACGCUGCGAGUGCCGGCAGGAGCUAGCGAGGGCUUCCAUCGGCCGCUCUUGGCGUUCUUUAAAUGA